CCGUGAUGUCACGAGGCUCGCCCUGGUGCUGGGACGCACCAGGGACGAGAAAAUCUAUGCUUUUUCUAACCAUCGCCAUCCUUUUCGGCUUGUUGUCGCGAGGCAUCGUCGGCGAGAUAAAUAAAAAAUAUCACAUAAGCGACGUGUGCAAGAAUAAUUACAUGCGAGAUCUGUACAGGAAGAUAGACGGGGCGGUUCUGCAGUCGCAGCUCGAGAAGGACCUCGACUGCACCAUCACCUUUCAAACGCACAGCAUCCUUCAGCGGUUCAUGCUCCGUUUCGACCAUCUCCAAUUGGACUGCAACGAUCACCUUUACAUCUACGAUGGCGCGCACGCGGUCAGCAGUUACAAGGCAGACCUGUCCUGCCAGAACACGAAGCAGACCGUGGGCGCGAUUUAUACGCGCACGAACUUCGUGACACUGAAAUACGUCACCGACUCGUGGGGCACCCUCUCGAACGGCUUCCGCCUCGUUAUCACCGCCGUCAAGGAUCCGAAGCACACUUGCAAGGACUUCCGAUGCACCCAGAACGAAUUUUGCAUCGAGAGGGAUCUCCUUUGUGACGGCGUGAAUCACUGCGGCGACGAGUCCGACGAGGCUACCUCCACCCUCUGUGCCAACUCCGAGGCAUCGACGAUCCUGGGUAUGCAGACGAUCUGGUUCGUGAUCGCGCUGGUUUUUCUUAUCCUGAGCGUGGCAGGCCUGGUCACGGCGGCGGUCCUCUGCUUCUGCAGGCAGCGUGCAGCAACCCCCAGGCACCCCCACAACGCGCACAACGCCCAGACUCAUCCUCCGGUCAGCUUCCCAUACGGUGCCUCCUCCUCCUCCUCCCCGCCAUCGAUCGAUUCGGCGCAAAUCGACCGACUCCAAACCUCCAAGAAAAAGGGGAAGGGAGGGAAAAAGGGAAAUACUGGAAACACCUGCACGGAAUACGGGAAACGUAGUAACAGUAAUACCAGUAGUAGUAGUUGUAGUAGUAGUAGUAGUAGUAGUAGUUGGAUUGGCUCGACCUUAGCCGAGACGAGCGAUCGAGGCGAAGGUGGCGCGUGCAUCGAUCGUCGCGUGCCGCCAACGAUCGACAUGGCCGCGCGCGGGAAAGCGGUGGGCCGCUUCCUUCUCGCUCUCGCGCUUCUUCUCGCCGUUUCCUCGUCCUCCGCCUCGAUCAUCCCCCCCAGCGGCGAAUCGCGACCGCUGGCGAUCGGCAACACGUUGGAGCAGGGCAAGGAUUACUUCAUAGGCCCUUGCCUGGUGAACACGAAUCAGACGUGCCCCGACAAGGAAGUGACGUUCUUCCUGUACACGAAGAGGAAUCCGAAAACGUGGCAACGGAUAUCGGUGGACGGGAGCGGGUCGAACUUGAGACGGACGAAUUUCAAUGGGUCGAACCCGACCAAGAUCGUGGUGCACGGCUACGACUCGGACAUGGAGCUGUCUUAUCUGGUCGACGUGAGGGACGAGUACUUGAAGAGGUACGAUUACAACGUGAUAGCCGUGGAUUGGCAUCGGUUGGCGACGGCCCCUUGCUACCCGAUCGCUGUGCAAAACGUGCCCCACGUGGGCGAUUGUCUGGCCCAGCUGGUGGAGAGGCUGAGGGACGAGGGGGCGGUGGACGUGCACGUGAUCGGGUUCAGCCUGGGGGCGCACGUGCCCGCGUUCGCCGCCAACGCCCUCAGCCCUUACAAGAUGUCGAGGAUCACGGGCCUGGACCCGGCCAUGCCGUUGUUCGUCACAGUGGACAAACGGGACAAGCUGGACGCGUCCGACGCCCACUUCGUCGACGUGUUCCACACGAACGCGUUCAUCCAGGGCAAGGUGGAGAUGAGCGGGCACAUAGACUUCUACAUGAACGGGGGUAUCAAUCAGCCGGGGUGCUGGGAGGGGUGGAGGCCGUUCGAGUGCGACCACCACAGAUCCGUCAUGUACUUCGCCGAGUCGAUAAACACGGAUGUCGGUUUCUGGGGAUGGCAAUGCGGGGGAUUCGCUUUGUACCUGCUCGGCCUGUGCCCCCCUAGGUAUCCGGCCGUCCUCGCGGGCGACAAGGUGGACACGAGGAGAAGGGGCUUCCAUCUCGUGAGAACCAACGCGUACAGCCCUUACGCGAUGGGCAAUUUCAGCGUGAACCGGUUGGACGUGUACACUCUGUAAGGGUGUGCGUCGGACGGAAUGCGGAGAACGUUCGUAUGAAUUUUUCGCGGAAGAACAGGGCGGGAGUGCUACGUGUUAUUCCUCCCGCGAGCGUGAGAGUCGGUUGAAAAAAAGCAUUCCGUGUCAAGGUCAGGGGACCCCCGCCACCCGCUGUUAAUCGAUAGCGUGUUCCGCUAGUGGGGGAGGAGGGAGUGUAGUGGGGCUGUCCGGCUGCAUUGCUCGCAUUUAGAACUUGAUUCCUUAUCGAUUUUUCACGAGUGAACUCGAAAUUUCGAAUAAAAUUCCGAUUUUUGUUUUUUUUUCUUUUGUUUUGUUUUGUUUUGUUUUGUUUUGUUUUCGAUUUUCGUCAGAGACGAGGACGAUCGCUUUUUUUCUUUCUCUUUUUUGGGAGAGGGAGGGGGAUUAUUACGUUAAGUUUUUUUUUUUUUUUAGAUUAGAAUUGCGUUUGAAACGAAAAUAAAAUAACGAACGAACGAACGUUAAAGACGAUUACUCGCUUGAUUUAUAGUCGCGCUGGUAUUCUCGAUAGUAACACGACCGAUAGCUCGUUACGUUGAUUUUGCAAUCGUAAAUAUAAUGAAUAAAUUUGAAUUGAACGAAUUCGUAAUAACGGACAAUCUCGACGCGUUCAACGUUAUUCACGAUGAAAUAAUUAUAAUUUAAUGCGAUCACCUAUCGUGAAAAAGUAAUCGUUUUAAAUUUUUAUAUUCGUUCUUUGUUUAACGUUAUACCGUCUCUGUAAAAAAUAGCAUAGUCGCAUCAAUUUUAAAGAUAAGAGGAUUCGACUGACGAUCGACGUUACGUAAUCUUCUUACGUAACGAUGCGUUUCUAAUAAAUCUCUGUUUUAUGUUAAAUUUAACGCGUCGAUAAAACGAAUAAAAUUUUAAGACUGUAUAAGAACAAAAAAAAUUUAUUUCGACGAUACGUUUCGUUGUUUAUCUGUAUUCGUUAUCCAUAGAUUAUUGGAUUUUACACUAUAUAUUAUACUAUAUAUUAUAUUCAUAAAUAUUCUGUCUGAAUUAUGAUGCAAUGAAAAUAAGAAGGAUUAUUUGUUCUUUAAAUCGUUCUUUUAUUCGAAUUUUUGCUUGAAUUUUUAUUUGUCUUCCUUUCAUCAUCGCACGUGGUAUCUUUAAUUAUCGAUUUAUGGAAAAAUUGGAAAUAAUUAUUGUACGAUGCAAUGUAAUAA